UAUGCAGCACCACCUCCGCCCAGUGAUCCUACUGUGAAGAAAGUUGCUGAUAAACUAGCAAGCUUUGUUGCUAAGCAUGGAAGGCCAUUUGAGCAUAUUACACGGCAAAAGAACCCUGGGGAGACACCAUUUAAAUUUCUUUUUGACGAGGACUGUGCGGACUACAAGUACUAUGUAUUCAGGCUGUCUGAAGAGGAAAAAUCAAUUUCACAAACCAAGGAUUCUGGUGUACUUCACAGUAGUGAUGCAGGCCUGCGAAUGUCCACAGCAGCAAUCACUUUGCAAAAGCCAGCUCAUCAACAAACAGGUUAUCAGAUCCCUGCCUCAGCCCUCUAUGAUGCUCCUGAGGAACCUGGAGCUUCUUCUAGAUAUUCUCAGGCAGCAAUUACAAGAUCCAGCAACAGUGACUCCUCUAGUGGCCCGAGGGGUGCAGACCCUAUAUCAAUGAUGGAGUUUUACAUGAAGAAGGCUGCCCAAGAAGAAAAGAUGAGACGUCCUAGGCAGUCGAAAGAUGAAAUGCCCCCGCCAGCUUCACUUCAAGGCCCGUCUGCAACUGCCUCCACAGACCCGGGAAAGAGAGGUCAUCACAUGGGUGACUAUAUCCCUGACGAGGAGUUAGAUAAGUUCCUUGCAAAGUGUAACGAUGCAGCUGCACAAAAAGCCACAAAGGAGGCUGCUGAGAAGGCCAAGAUCCAAGCAGAUAAUGUUGGACAUAAGCUCUUGUCAAAGAUGGGUUGGAAAGAAGGUGAAGGUAUAGGAAGCUCCAGAAAGGGGAUGGCAGACCCUAUAAUGGCAGGAGACGUAAAGACAAACAACUUGGGAGUUGGGGCUUCUGCUCCAGGAGAAGUUAUGCCUGAGGAUGAUAUAUACGAGCAGUACAAGAAGCGGAUGAUGCUGGGUUACAAACACAGACCCAAUCCAUUGGGAAAUCCCAGGAAGGCGUAUUACUAAAGAUCAGUCCGCAUGCUGUGCACAAUUAUUACCUUUCUCUCAUCUCAGCACCGGCUGAGCUUUGCUUUUCUAUUAUAAAGAAUGUUCAAGUUUUUUGGAUUGCUGAUAAAUUGAAGUGUUGGUAUGGAUUGAAUUUGCCUUUCCUCUGUGCAAAUAUAUAUCUUUGACAGAAAUUUCAGUUGCUAUACAGUACCAUGGAUUUAUUAUUGGAAACGACUAAGAUUUUUAA